AGAAUAUGAAUUAAAAAAAAACAACAAACACAAUCUGAAACUCACAAAAACACAAAUCUAAAGCCGUUUGUUUCAAAUUAAAUUAUCAUAUCAAAUUAAAUUAUCAUUUGCUUUAUCAAAUAUAUUUGCUGACAAUUUAAGAUCAAAAGAUAAAAAAGAUGUCUUCAAAAAAAAAUAUGCUGCUUCGAAUUCAGACAAGGGAUGGCGUUAAAAGAAUAGAGAUGGCUAUUUCAGAUAUGGUAUCUUGUCUGUAUGAAAAGGUUACUGAGUCUUUUGAUCUGCCACCAAACGGAUGGCUACUAUACAAAGACAGAGCUUAUAAAGAUGAAAUAGCAAGAAAUGCUAAAAAAUCUCUAAGAAUGUUGCAUCUACAGCAUGGAGAUAUAUUAUACCUUCAAGAUGUUGAUAAAGAUUUGCGUGAAAGCUUGAGUCAUUCUUUUAAAUCAGAUGAUUUUGGCAGUGUUGUCAAUGAUGAAAUUAAUGGUCAGCAAAUAGUUAAUACUGUUGAAGAUGAAAUAGACAUACUUUUGUCCCAUGAAUCUGGGUUGAUUCAAAGAAAGAAAGAUCCUCAACUAUGUAAACAUAAUAACCAUGGGAAGUGCUUGCACUGUUCUCCUUUAGAGCCUUAUGAUGAAGAAUACUUAAAGAGUCUAAAUCCUCCUGCAAAACAUUUAUCUUUUCAUGCAUAUUUGAAGAAGUUAAAGAGUGGUGCAAGCAGGGGGAAGUUUGUAAAUAUGGAAGAUUUAAAUUGUAAAAUUAAGCCUGGUUGUCUAGAGCACUCCCCUUGGCCAAAAGGAAUUUGUACUAAAUGUCAACCCAGUGCUGUUCUACUUAGCAGACAAAAAUACAGACAUGUUGAUAAUAUAAUGUUUGAAAAUCCCAUGAUAAUGGAUCGCUUCUUAAAUUAUUGGCGUAAUACUGGUUUUCAGAGACUAGGCUAUUUGUAUGGAAAAUAUGAGAAACAUGACAAUGUACCAUUAGGAAUACGUGCAACUGUUGCUGCUAUUUACGAACCACCUCAGGAAAAUACUAAAGAUCGUAUUCAGCUUCUUGAAGACAACCAUGAUGAAUUUGUAGAAAUAUUAGCUUCAUAUAUGGGAUUAAGAAGGGUUGGUUGGAUAUUUACAGAUUUAUUGCCUGAUGAAGAAAAUUCUGGUUUAGUCAAACAUUUAAGACAUAGCAAAAGUCACUUUUUAAGUGCUCAAGAAUGCAUCACAGCAGCUCACUUUCAAAACAAGUAUCCAAAUUCCUGUAGAGAUUCUUCAGCUGGAAAGUUUGGCUCAAAAUUUGUUACAGUUUCUGUAUCAGGUCAUGAAGAUAAGCAUAUUCAUUAUGAUGGUUGGCAGGUAUCAAACCAAUGCAUGGCACUUGUUCGUGAUGGAUGUUUAGUGCCUACAAUAGAUGAUCCUGCUCUUGGUUAUAUAAAAGAAUCAUCUAGUGACCAAUAUGUUCCAGAUGUUUUUUAUAAGGAGAAAGAUGUGUAUGGCAAUGAAGUUACUCGUAUUGGAAGACCAAUGCCAAUGGAGUAUUUUUUAAUAGAAGUACCUGCUGCUUUUCCUAUAGAACCACAAUAUACAUUUGUUGGGUGCAGGGAUUCGCCAUUUCCUAUUGAGAAUAGGUCACAGAUAGGAGAAAUUCAGAACUUUGAUGUGUUUGCGCAAUAUGUCCGAACGAUAUCUUCAAAUAUAGUUGAUGGAUUUUCAGAUUUUCAUUUCUUAUUAUACAUGUUUACCAAUGAUAUGCUUCCAAUGAGGAGCAUUCUUAAUGACAUAUGUAAAGCUCUUAAAUCAAAAAAUGAAAAUUUGCUACGAGAUUGUUUGGAAAAAGAAGAAUGGAGAACAGUGGUACAACUCAUUCAAGCACACGUUCAUUCCCCGUUUGAAAGUGUUGCAAAUAGAAGGGGCUCUGUGGAAAUGAUGGAUACCGACUCAGUAGAUGUGACGGGAUGGACAUGUAGACAUUGCACUUAUAUAAACUCGCCUUCAUGCGAUGCUUGUGAUAUGUGUUCUUUACCAAAUUCUUAAAUAUUGUGAAUCUUAAAAUAUUUAAUCGAUUAUUUCUGCUUGCUUUUGUAACCAUUAUGAAAAAAAUUGACAAUUUAA